AUGACAAUCCCAACCCCAACCCCAACCCCCUUCCCCAUCCUCAUCUUCACAAAAACAACCUCCUACCGCCACACCUCCAUCCCCUCAGGCCUGGCUCUCUUCCAGCGCCUCGCCUCGCACCACGCAUCCCUCUCCGUAACCACAACCGAAGACUCAUCCAUCUUCACCCCCUCAGCCCUCGGCCCUUACCGCGCCAUCAUCCUCCUGCAAACCCUCGGUCCCGCCCUGCUUUCUGCCGACCAACUCUCCGCGUUCAGAGACUGGCUGCAGCGCGGUGGCGGCGUGGUAGCUAUCCACGGUGCGGCAGCGGGGAUGCCCGAGGAUGCCUGGUGGGGAAAGAUGAUCGGUGCGAAGUUUCUUUCGCAUCCGGAUCCAGAAGUUGGAUCGCUGGUUUUGGAUUCAGCGGAGGUGGAGGAGCAUUUUGUAUUGAGUGGGUGUGGGGGUAGGCAAGGGUGGAAAGAUGAGUGGUAUAAUUUUCAUGAGCAUCCGAGGGAGAAUGCGGGGUUGGAGGUUUUGCUGAGGGGGGAUACGAAGACAUUUUCGGGAGGGAUGCAUGGGGAGGAUCAUCCGUUGGUGUGGUGUCAAGAGUUUGAGGGGGGAAGAGUGUUUUUUACGGCGUUGGGGCAUUUUGAUGAGGCGUAUGAGGACGAGUGGUUUAGUGGCAUGGUGGAGAGGGGGCUGUUUUGGGUUGCGAGGCGGGAAGGGGAGUUGAAGAAGUAA